GUGCAGUCGCUUUGGGUGUGUUACCCAUUAAACCAAGGGCCACCUUUUCCCUUACUCCUUUGUCACAAAGUCCUGCCUGUGCCUUCCACUCUAGAGUAGUCCUCGACUUCUUGGUUUCCUUCGCUCUGAGGCAUGCACGCUUUGGUGUGGAAUUUAAUUUCAAAGGCUUGGGUGUACGUCUUCGGAAAUGAUGGUCACUGUGGCAGAAAGCUCGAGUAUCUUUUACCUGUCUGGCUGUCAAAUGUGUGAGGCUGAGGAUAUGAACAAAGAUAAAACCAAUUCUUCUGGAGUUCCUAGAGGGAGGUGUAUGUUGACGUUAGAGGCACAGUGCAGCACUGGGCUAGUUCUAAAUUAACCCUGAAGUGGGUAGAACUGGGGCUGGAACCCUUCAGGUGCAGAAGUUGCUGGUCUUCAGUAAUAACAUGCCAGCCCUGUUACAGUAUUGUGCACUAGAAGAGAGUUAGCCCACGAUCUCCCUUGCUUUACGGAGCAAGAAGCUUUGUUCUUAACUCUGCAUCCCCUCCAGGUGUGUUUGGCAGAGUGAAGAUGAGUGGUGAAGAGAUUCUUGUGUGUGCAGUACAACUUGGAGAAAAUUUCUGCCUCUAUUUUGCAGAUGAUGAUGGGCUGGAAUGUGAUGCCUUUUGUAAGGAGAAAAUUCUCCACAGAGUCCUUCGAAAUGUAAAUAGCCAGUUGCUUGUGGUUCGACCAGAUUUAAACAUGGCAGCUUUUGAAGAUGUGACAGAUCAGGAGAUGAAAGCUGGCAGUGGAAUGCACUUCAACAUUCACUAUUACAAAACCACCACACCUUCAGCAGGGAUGCCUGUUGCAUUCAGCAUCCAGGUGGAAGAUAAAAAUUAUUACAUGUGUUGUGAGAAAGAAUGUGGGAAAAUGAUAGUUCGAUUUAGGGAAGGAGAAGUUCCCAAAGAAAUUCCUGGUGAAAGUAAUGUAAUCUUUUUCAAAAAGACAUUUACAUCUUGUAGCUCCAGAGCUUUUAAGUUUGAAUACUCCCUAGAACGAGGAAUGUUCUUGGCCUUUGAGGAGGAAGGCUGCUUAAGAAAAUUAAUUCUAAAGAAACUGUCAAGAGAAGAUGAAGUGGAUGAAACCAUGAAGAUAAGUUUCUAACUUCAGUCAGAAUGAAAGUCACAACCUAUGACAUCAGUCUUAAAAUAUAUUUUGGCUUUCAAUAAAGGAAAUCUUAUUCUUUCUUCAUCUGAGGCAAGCCAGUUUUAUGUUUUUAGCUACUAUAAAUCAGGACAAAAAUGAGCAUCUUACAAAGGAAAAUAAAUUAAAAUUCUUGGCAAAAAAA